AUGUUCAAGUUGUAUCAUUUAGUUUUAAUUGUUUUGUUUUUUGAACUAAGCCAAGCUAAAGAGGACAGAUGCAAUCAUCAGAUAGAUGCUGGCCUUUGCUACGGCAACGUUCCUGUUUACGCAUUCGACAGUAAUACUGGAUCAUGUACAGAUUUAGCAUACGGUGGAUGCGGCGGCAACGACAACAACUUCAAAACAUUGGAAGAGUGCCGUAGCGCCUGUGAAAACUGA